AUGGAGGACGUGCGGCUCUGGGACUACCGGCUGCGGUGGCCGUCGGGGGCACAUGAGGGAUCACGCUACAGUGAUGGAGACGACCUUGCUCGUCGUGCUGGAGGCUUGCACCCUUAUGCUUGCAGACGCACGAGUGCCGAGCGUGGUCAACGACGCCAACAAUCACUAGGAGGUUGCCUUCCCAAACGCCGAGAUGGCCUGGCGCGGGUCCUGAUAGGUCCACAGGCAAGGAAGCGCGACAGGUCUGUGGAUCUUAUAAAGUUCAAUGGCUACACAGAUUUGAUUGCUGAGCUAGAUGAGAUGUUUGACUUCAAAGGUCAGCUGAAAGGAUCUAACAAGGAAUGGAUGGUUGUGUACACCGACAUGAAGUCGCCUCGGCUGGCCGCGCUCGCCCCCGCGCCGUCGCCGCAGGUGCCGAGCUCUCCCGCCAGGGAUGAGAACCUUAACCUGGCCAUGGUACCGUGGGCGCCCGCCAAGGUCCAUGCCCAUGCCGCCUCCAGCUCCAUAGCGGCCGCCGCGGAAAUGGUGGACGUUGUUCAGGACGGCGACGGCACAUCCAUGGAGGUCGAGCAUGGCGUGGAGAGCCAGACCACGCCCCUAGCUGUCUGUGCGCUGCAGGGGGAGGCGUUCCACCACCACCACCACCACCACCACCAGUGGCCGGCGCAGCACUACGUUGCGUCGCCGCAGUUGCAGCUCUUGUCCGCUCCGACCCGCCGAGGCUUGCCACCGUGCUAUCCGCGUCGGCUGGCCGCACCUACUCGACGCCGUCCUCCACUGUUGUGGCGCCGCCUCCCACAGCCUUGCCUCCUACCAGGGCAAGGCGGAGUGGGCUGGAUCCGAGGGUCAGUGCUGAGGAGCCACAAGCUCCGAGAAGGUCUGGACCUUUUCACUUUUCUCCUCUCCUGA